AGGAGCGCUACCACGACCGAGUCUCUUUACCCUUCGUUUUUGCACACCGUCUCAUGCGUUUCCUCUCAAGGCCAAUUUCACAUCCACCCGCAAUUGCAUUAGAACAGUAAAAACAACAAUAAUAGUAAAGAAAAACAUGUUGUCUAAAGCAGCCUUCACGCUCGUCCAUCUUGCGGUCCACGUGCUGCUCUACGCGCUCCCCCGCACCGUGUGGACGCUGUGUGUGCGCUGGCCAUUGCGGGCCCUCGCCGGCGUCCUCGGGGUUCAACUCCGCACCCGCCGCGACCCCGGCUCGGAGCGGCGCGUGCGUCUUCUCGGGCCCGUCGGCUGCGUCGCGUCGUCGGUAGCCGCCAGCACGCGGGAGCGCCUGGGCGUUGCGGAGGGACAGCUGGCCAACGCGGCGCUGCACCACGGCGCACCCUCCGCCGCCGAUGGCGACGCUGCUGCGGUGACGCCUGCGUGGCUGCGCUACGCCGGCCCGCUGUACGGCGGCCACGUGCACACAGUCCUCGGCGCGUACCGGCCGUCACUGGAGCUGCGUGCGCCGCGGCGGGACGUGGUUGCGUCCUACGACGGCAACCCGACGUGCCUGGACUGGUGGCUGCCGAUGCCUGCGGAGACGGGUGCUGCUGCUGCUGCGUGCGCGAGUGCUGCGGGGGUGCGGGUGCGUGCGCUGGUGGUGGUCCUGCCGGGGCUGACGGGCAGCUCGAAGGAGUUUUACGUGCGCCGCAUGGCACGGCAGCUGCUGACGGCGAACAUGGCUGUGUGUGUGCUGAACGCGCGUGGUGUGGACGACACCCCUCUCGAGCAGCCACAGAUGUUUAGUGCGCUGUUUACGAAGGAUCUUCGCUACACGAUGGAGAAGUACUUCACGCAGGAGAAGGUAAUGGAGCUGCUGUUGCGUGAGAUGCCGUCGACGGCGCAGCCAGACCCGUCGAAGCCUCUGCCCAUCCUCGGCGUGGGCUUCUCCCUCGGUGGGUUGAUCCUGACGAACUACGUGUCGGAGCAGGGCGAAGCGAACCGGCAAAGCGGCUUCGACGCCGUGUACACCGUCACCACGCCUCACAACGUCAAUGAAUGCGCCGCGGCGUUGCGUUCACCGCUGACUUCAGCAAUCUACAACCCCAGCCUCUACGGCGGCUUACGCAGCUACUACGAGCGACAUAAGCAAGUAAUUCAGCAACUGCCUGGUAUUGACAACAAGCUGCUGUUCGCUGGACCGAACCCACUCAUAGAUCGCCUGCGCACCGUGCAGGACUACGACGAGUACAUCACCGGACCGCACUUCGGCUUCCCUGGCGCGGAGGCGUACUACGCCCAUGCGAGCAACUUCUGUCGGCUGCACCUCUCUCGCACGCCGCAGGUGUGUCUGGUGGCGGCGAACGAUCCCAUCUGUGGUGCGCCGCAGCCCGACCCGCUGUGGAUGGGUGUGAUUGAGAAGCACCGUGCGGGGCUGGUGUAUGUGGAGAUGCCGGUGGGCGGCCACCUCGGCUUCCUGGGGUGCCCGUGGAGGGAGUGGGUGCAGGCGCCGAAUGAGAUGGAGCAGUUCGUGCUGUACUCCAUGACGCACUUCAUUGCGUCGGCGGACUGCGACUACGAAAGCAACGCGGAGACCGUCGUGCACGCGACCGGACCGACGAGAGGGUGGCGAGAGUGA